AUGGGAUUGGACCUCUUAAAGAAUACAUCUCUAAACGGUAACAUCUCCAAUCAAGAGGAAGGACACAGCCUUUUGAAAGUAGUAUCGAUCGCCACCAUUACUGCAAUUGUAAGCUUUAUAACUAUAAUAGGUAACAUUUUAGUUAUUGUGUCAUUCAAAGUGAACAGCCAGCUUAAGACUGUGAACAAUUAUUACUUGUUAAGUCUGGCCUGUGCUGACCUCAUCAUUGGGGUGUUUUCAAUGAAUCUCUACACUUCUUAUAUACUAAUAGGUUACUGGUCGCUGGGAAAUUUGACAUGUGAUCUGUGGCUGGCUCUAGACUAUGUAGCUAGCAACGCUUCUGUCAUGAACUUGCUCCUCAUAAGCUUUGACAGAUAUUUCUCAAUCACACGGCCUUUAACAUACAGGGCCAAGCGUACACCUAAGAGGGCUGGUAUUAUGAUUGGGCUUGCUUGGUUAAUAUCUUUUGUAUUAUGGGCCCCUGCAAUUUUAUGCUGGCAAUACUUGGUUGGAGAAAGAACAGUGCAUCCAAGCGAGUGUCAGAUACAAUUUUUGUCCGAGCCCAUUAUUACCUUCGGUACAGCAAUAGCCGCUUUCUAUGUUCCAGUGUCAGUGAUGACAAUAUUGUAUUGUCGUAUCUAUAAAGAGACAGAGAAGCGCACGAAAGAUCUGGCAGAGCUUCAAGGAACAAAUUCAGGCUCUGAAAAUGAGGUUGCAUCUUCCAAAAGGACUCUUUUGAAGUCCUGCUUUGGUUGUGAAGAACGCAAGCUCUCCAACAGGACAAGAUGCCAAAUAUCAUGGUCUUCUUCAAACAGAAGCACAACAGUAACUCUAAAAUCCACACAUGCUCCAAAUGUCACAGAUGAAUGGUUAAAGGGUGAUAAAAUGGCUUCUUUUGUUAAUCACCCAACAUCAGAGGAUGAUGAAAAGCUCACUACAAAAUCAGUCAGCUCAGUGUCUAAGGGACAGAAUCAGAAUGAUAUGUGUACUGGUGAAGAUGACACCAAGAUGACCUUGGAAGAGCAUCCUAUAAUAAAUGAUUAUGAAAAUCUAAACUACCUGGUGUCCCCUGUAAAAAAACAAAUGCAGAAUGAUAAAAAAUACGUUUCCUACAAAUCUAAUAAAUUGGCUGCAAGAAAUGGCAGUUUCUCAUCAACUGCGGACUCAAGUAAUGGUUGUACAGAAAUAAAAAUAACACCUUGCUCAUCUGCGAACACAGAAGCUCCAUGUAUUAAAAACCUUGAUCAAAACCUUGGAAUUCAGAUCACAAAGAGAAAACGGUUGGUUUUGAUCAAAGAGAAAAAGGCAGCCCAGACACUUAGUGCUAUCCUACUCGCUUUCAUCAUCACGUGGACACCUUACAAUAUUAUGGUAUUAGUCUCAACCUUCUGUUCAAACUGUAUACCACUGUCACUGUGGCAUCUUGGAUAUUGGUUGUGUUACGUCAACAGUACAGUCAAUCCUAUGUGUUAUGCUCUAUGUAACAAAACAUUUCGUAAAACUUUCAAAAUGCUGUUAUUAUUUCAAUGGAAAGGGAAAAGGAAUGAAGAGAAGUUAUGCUGCCACAGUCAGUACCCAGCCACCAACAAGUAA